CGUCACUGUUUGGGGCUCCGUGAGCUGUCAGACGAUUCGCGAAAUCUGAGAAUCGAAAUUAAAUAAGUUUUCUUGAGCAAAAAUGGCCAAUAAAACCGAAAGUAGCCCUAGAGUCAGCACAGAAAAGGUGCCCUUAGAGACUGACGAAGGAAUAAUGGAGAGUGAAGAGCGGAAAUGGGGCAUACCUUUAAAAGACAUGUAUAAACAAGGGCUCGCCUUUUACAAAGAUAAAGAAGGAAAAGCUCUACACCUAAGCUAUGAAGACAGGUUAAAGCUUGUAGCAUACACCCAGCAAGCGGCACAUGGCACUUUGGACCUGAAUUCUGCUCCACCCCUAGGAGUUCUGGAUGUGAUCGGGCGGGACCGGCGGGCAGCAUGGCAUGCACUUGGCAACAUUACUCAAGUACAAGCUAUGGCAGGCUUCUUACACACUCUAGAAAGAUUAUGUCCUUUAUUUAAACCGUAUGUGGAAGCUUUACAAAAGGACUUUGAGGCUAAGAAACAACAGGAGGAAAAGAAACAGAAAGAGGAAAAAGCAACCACAGAUCUCCAAAACAGAAUAAUAGAAGAGAAACAAAAACAACAAAGUACCAAAUUAACUGAAGAGCAGCAAGUUCAGAAAAUCAAAGAUGCUCUCAAUGCCCAAACCUACGACCAGUUUUUACAAUACGCACAACAGCAGUUCCCCGGUAACUUCGACCAGCAAGCCAUCCUCAUCAGGCAGCUGCAAGACCAGCACUACCAGCAAUACAUCCAACAGCUGGCAGUGGACCAGAGGCUCGCCAACUCGAAUAUAAAGACCUCGGACAGCUUGGACAAGGAUAAUGGGAACAAUGAGAAACAUGAGGACAGCGGUGAUUGGGACACAUCAGAUUUGGAUAAUAUGAAUACAUCUGUAGCAUCAGAAACUGAACCCUCUCAAAUUCGACCUGAGGACGAGGCAACAGAUAUUUUGGCGCACAAAGAAGAAACGAAAGCUGAUGAAGAAUCAGAUGACGAUGACAUAUUCCCGCCCGUAGAAGAAGCGAACAUGUGGACGCGGGGCGAGAUUAGCGUGUUCAAAGAGUCGGCCCGCGCAGGCGGCGGGCGGCUCACGGUCGGGCACGGCGAGACCGUCACCGUGCGCGUGCCCACGCACCAGCGCGCCAAGUGCCUCUGCUGGGAGUUCGCCACCGACAACUAUGAUAUAGGUUUCGGUUUAUACUUCGAGUGGAGUAAAUCGCCCACAAGCGAAGUCACCGUCCACGUCUCGGAGAGCGACGACGAAGAUGACGCCGACGACGAUGGUUACGGCGAUGAAGAAUACACGGUGACGGAAGGAGGCCUGGACCCGGAAAUGGGCCCGGAGCGGCGCGCGCUGCAGCACCAAAGGCCGCCGGUCAGCAUCGUCGUGCCCAUAUUCCGCAGGGACUGUCAUACUGAGGUAUACGCCGGUUCGCAUACGUACCCCGGCGAAGGAGUUUAUCUACUAAAAUUCGACAACACAUACAGCUUAUGGCGAUCAAAAACCCUUUACUACAAAGUAUAUUACACGCAGUAAAAUACAAAUAAUUUUAAUAGAACCAUGACAAAUUAUAAAAAGGAUAUCGUUUAUAAAAUAUUGUUUAUAUUUAAUCAAGUUAUGAGACUUACUCAUACUGGCAGUAUUUGUGAUGAUUUCUAGCAAAAGGUAUAAUUUUUUGCUUCGCAAUAAUUCUCGAUGCCUAUACACGGUGUAACAUGAGUAAACCGAAUAAUUUUAACAGCAUAUUCCUGAUCAUAUUUAGAGACAAAAAUGUUCUAUAAACUUUUUUGAAAUUCGCCUAGUUUCAGAGAUAUUAUUAAUUUAAAAAAAAACUACUUUUUAUUGUUACAUAGUGUAAAAGGCCUUUUUGAUGGUGAUGUUGCUGCUAUGGGACGUAGUCUAAAUAUCCUUAUUGAUAGAUGUCAAAAAGUGACAAGUAACACUUUGCAAAAAGUUGGUUUUACGAAAAAAAAAUGUAAAAAUCAAUUUUAAGUGACAAGUUUACCAAUAACAUUUAUUUUUUAUGUACAAAUACAUUCAAAAAAAUGAAAAAACAAACCAAAAAAAAUUUUUUUUUUGGCGAAAUUGACCUAAACUCAUAUUACAUUUUUUACUUCUUUUGACCUCAGAAAUGCGUGGUUAAAAUUAUUCGGCUUCAUUAUGUUACACCGUGUAUGCAGGUAGCGACUUGUACCUUUUGACUGAUAACGACACAUUUGUGAAUAGAGUUAGAGCAAGAAAAGUCUGCAACGAUUUUGACAGCACACGCAGUGCAAAGUGUUAUUUAUGCCUCAUAAUUUCAUAGAUAUUGGCAGCACAC